AUGCGAUUCAGUGCAUUAUCCGGCUCGCUCGGCGCCGUCGCCGGCCUGCUGGGCAAAUUGGGCGCGGACGGCGACUCGAGCGCGCUGCAGCUGCUCGAGGUGCAGUGCGCGGCCUCGAGUCUGUCCGAGUCGUGCGGAUUCCUGGCGUCCGUCGUGCGGCUGCUGUGCCUAGCGCUGAUGCUGGGCGUCAACGCGCUCAUGAUCAACUUCUUCGUCAAGGGGCUGCACGAGACGGACUCGCUCACGGCCACCGUCACGAGCGCCGCCGUGAGCUGCGUGCUGUCGGCCGCUGGCGGCUUCUUCUUCUUCCAGGAGCUGCUGCCCGCUCGGUGGUUCGUGGGGGCGGCUGUCAUCAUGGUGGGACUCGCCUUCCUCCUGCACGGAGACAAGGCAGAAGACAAGAAGACCAAGGAGGAGUAA